UGCAUCUCACACACACUUCUGUUUGUGUUCCCAGUCUUUAACGUCGUUUUCAAUGUAAACAAACAAAAACUUCGUUCAGGUGACGUUUUCAUCAGUUCGGGGAAUGAUAUAUCGUCUUCAUUACGAAGUUAAUUGACUUUCCCUGGAGCUGCAGGGAAGUUCGUUUUUGUUUGGCGUCCCUUCUGUGCCGAGCAAGAUUGCGCAUAAAUCGCAGCGCGAGGUGCGCCCGGUGCUGUCGAGACUGGGCGUCAGAGCGCGGGUGAUCGCCACGGGCGUGCUGGGUGUUAUCAUGGUGCUGGUGCUGGUCAUUCUCAUCCCGGUGCUGGUCAGCGCGGCGGGAUCCGACCCGCGCUACGAGAUGCUCGGCGCGUGCCGCAUGGUGUGCGAUCCCUACGGAACGAAGUCUCCAUCAUCAGCACCGACAGAUAACCGCUUGGAUCAGUCCCCCCCAACUUUCAUUCGCGGUCCCAAAGGAGAGCCAGGGCGCUCGGGACGGAUCGGUCCGAGGGGUCAGGCGGGACCGCAAGGUCCACCCGGACCUCCGGGUCCCCCCGGAGUCAUAGGAGAACCGGGGCCACCAGGAUUACCCGGUCCGCCCGGGGUCACCGGUGUCAUAAGCGCGGCUACGUACAGCACCGUGCCCAAAAUCGCCUUCUACGCGGGACUCAAGAAGCAACACGAGGGUUACGAGGUGCUGAAGUUUGACGAUGUGGUCACUAACUUGGGCAACCACUAUGACCCCUCGAACGGUAAAUUCACCUGCUCCAUCCCGGGGAUCUACUUUUUCGUGUAUCACGUAUUAAUGAGAGGUGGUGACGGGACCAGCAUGUGGGCUGAUCUGUGCAAGAAUAACCAGGUGCGUGCCAGUGCAAUAGCGCAGGAUGCGGAUCAGAACUAUGACUACGCCAGCAACAGUGUGAUCUUACACCUGGAGCCUGGAGAUGAGAUCUACAUUAAACUAGAUGGAGGCAAAGCGCACGGGGGAAACAACAACAAAUACAGCACAUUUUCAGGCUUCAUGGUCUACGCCGAUUAACGGCCGUGGCAUGGACUGCACUUUCAGAUGUACCUCAUUUUGACAUCACGUCAUCAGAGCGAGGUCAAAAGAAAGUUUAACCCUCAAGCUUGUGACAACUCAUGUCAGAGCGAAGGAGAAGGAAUUA